UUUUUGCUCUCUAGACGCCGUUUUAUUUUUUACAUGUUACUUUAUUUAUUUUUAUUUUUGCAGUUGAUCUUUUUCAUUCACUCUGGGCUAAGAACAAGACUGCUCCUAAUAAUGUCUUAGACUCUUUGUUAAUGUUCACUCCACGGUCAGGACAGCCAAACAAAGUGACACGACUGGUGUGACUGUUUGUGGCAACGACAGGUGCGUCCCGUCAGUUCGAAAGACCGAGGCUUGACAAAAGUUGCCCGUGCACUUGGUUUUCACCCCCUAUAUAUAAUGUCACAAGAACCUGAAAUUUGUUACACAAUAAGAAAAGGAGCUAGAAUGCAUGAACACACAGUUUACAUUUUGAUGCCAGGAUUUUCCCAAGCAGAUCACUUGUGCAAGUUAAGAUGAGCAGAGCAGACAGACAGGUUCUUUUGUUGGAGCUGUUGAUAUUCCUGUACCCUGGGGUUGCUGUAAUAUUGAGACCUUCAGAAGUUUCAGCUUCUUAUGGACACUAUCCUGGAGCAUUUUGUAAAAUAACAAAUGUGGUACUUGAUGGAAGCUCACAGUCCUUUCUCAUCAAUAUUGGUGGAAAUGAUGUGAUCAAUACAUACAAGAAAACUUGUUCAAUAACAGAUUUAGUUUGGGAUGUGCAAGCAUUUGAUGGACAGAUUGAUGAUAUAUCUUGCACAGAAACAUAUGAUGUAGGUUAUGUCUUUACAAUGUAUUUUUAUGGAGGCAAUAGUAACUACUUCCAUUUACACUGGGACAUGAUGUUACCAUUAUUUUCUGUAAUGUAUCAUGACAUAUCAAAAACUGGACGUAAAACUACCCUGUUGAUGCCUUCUGUGGAAAGUUCAAGACUGAAGAAAAUUAAUUGGGAAACCCCAGCAUUUCAGAAUGAAAACAAGUAUUGGAUGCAGUUGAUGCAGCUUUUAACAGGUGACUAUAACAUGAAACCACUCCAGAAAGAUUUUGUUAAGAAAGAAACCAAGAUCUGUUUUAAGGAAAUAUAUUUAGGGACUCCCAGGUAUGACUGGAAUGAUAAAUAUUUGGUUUUGAAUUAUGUCAAUUAUAUGAGAACCAUGCUCCAUGUGACAACGCCAACUAAACCAAGGAAAGUAGGACUGAUAUCAAGGGCAAAUCGACGGAGGAUUCUGAAUGAAAAAGAGCUUGUGAAGUCUGUGAAAGAUAUCACAAAAUUGGACUUGAUUGAAUUUGGUGGUAAGACUGUUCAAGAACAGCUACAGUUGGUUCAGAACUAUGCAGUUCUCAUAGGCAUGAAUGGAGCAGGUCUCAUGAAUGGUAUCUUUCUCCCAGAGGGCAGUGUCGCUGUACAGUUGGUUCCAUACAAUGCUUCUUUAAACUUUAAGCAAUUUGGAGAAAUCCUAAAAGCGAGAGGUGGAUACCUGGAGUGGCAUAAUUCUCACAAAGAACUAACAGUUGAAGCACCAAGAGAUGUGUACAGAGCCAACUCUGACACAACUGUGGAAACAAAAGAGUUCAGAAAGCUGGUAAUUGAUGCCAUGAAACUUGCAAAUAUUUAUAAGCAUCCUAAAACUGAGUUGUGAAAUAUCCAUUGUUUUAAGUAAAUUUUACAUUUCUGUUUUUGUUAAGUUUAUAUAUUGUCUUUGUUAAAUUGACAUUCCAAGUUUUGUGAGUAAACAUGCAUUCACAAUUUUAUAUACUGUAAUAUGAACUCAACUGUGUUAUUGCCAAUACACGUAAGAAUUAAUAGAACAGUAUUCUUUCAAAAUUAAUUCCAUUAAUUAACCUUUUCA